AUGCCAAGAGAGAAUAGCAAAUGUCGUAAAUGGGAAAAGGAAAGAAGAGAUCGAUUAAAGGAAGGAUUUUCAAAUUUAGCAAAAAUUUUGCCUUGUUAUGAUCCUUCAAUAAAUAUUUGUAAAAUAGAUAUUCUUCGGAAGGCAACAACAAGCAUUCAGGAACUUCAAGAGCGUAUAAAACAUUUGCUUUCCUCAGAUACUGAAAAGAAGGCUGAGAAAGAAGUAAUUAUAAAAAAAUUGCAAGAUAGGGUUAAAAAAUUAUUAGUGAGGAAUGAACAACUAAGUAAUUUACUCAGAGAUGCAGGCAUCACAGUGCCCUCAGUUUGUGGUACUAUUAAAAAAUUCAAAAAGCAACCUUUAUGGUCUAGAAGGAUUUCUCCAGAACAAGCAGAACUAAGAAAAAAUGAAAUGGAAAAAGAAAAUAUAGCCUCCAGAGAACACAGAAAAAAGAAAAAACCUAAAGUGGCCGCAUCAGAAAGUCCAUUAAAAAAUAGUUUACCUAUUAGAAAUGCUGUAGAACAAAAAGGAAGGGUGCGAAAAAAUAAGAAAAAGAAGGGGACCUCGGUACCAAACUGUUAUAUUGUAUUGUCACAAACCACACCAUUCAGGAGUAAUUCUACAAAUCAGUAUUAUUUAAUUACAAGCCAACCUAAUAACAGUAUAAGAAAUUCUGUUAAAUCAGGAGGACUAAAUUCUAGAGCCACUUCCAAAUCAGUCGUAGUGAAAACUAAACCUAGACCAGUUAAAACUGUGAUUUAUCCUACUUCUUCCUUAGCACCUCUAGGUCCCGGUACAUUGAUAUUAGGAAAUGGUUUAGCUGUACCGGUGUUGCCUCAACCACAAUCAUUAUUACCAAGUUCCAACAAUUUGAUUCUUAAUUCAACCUUUUAUACUAUCCCCAAAGUAGUACAAACGCAGCAGACAAAUUCCAGUGAUAAAAAUGUAUCAUCAAAAAAUUCUGUGCAGACAACUUCAAGUGCCAGUAUAAAAACAUUGCCCUUCAUUAAGCCUAAAUAUUGCUUGACAAGAACUACACAAGUCAACAAAGUUCCUAUUCCUGCCUUGACUUCACCAUAUGCCAGCAAUUAUUGUUUAUUCAAUGAAUCCAAAACAGAGAUUACUAAGAAAAAGGAUCAGGCUAAAGUAAAGAAACCAAACAAGAUAACAGAUCAAGUGAAUGAAUUGAAUAAAAGUGAGAUAAAGAAAGUAACCAAAAGAAAAAGUAAUGUGGAAGAAGAAAUUAGUAACAAAAAGAGCAAAAAUGAUUUUGAAAAUGUGAAAAGUUCAGAAAGUGAUACAGUUGCAGUUAGUUUAUCUACAGAUAUUCCAGUUGAUAUACCUGCUAUUCAAGAAGACAGUACCAAAAUUACCAAAAUUAGUACCACAGAUACACUACAAUCAAAUGAUGCUAUAGAAAAAGAAGAAAAGAUCAUAAGAGUUGAACAAAAAAGCUCAGAAGUAGAUAAGAAUCCUGAAAACACACAAUUGCAAAAUACCAAAAGCAAAGAAAUAACCUCUUAUGAUAUUUCUGAAAAGAAACAAGAAACAAGCACAAAAUACAACAACGAAAACCCACAGAUAUCAUUAAUUGUCACUUCUACCUCAACUACAACUUCUACAACUACCGCAGCACAUGAUGAUAUGAAGAGUUUAGAAAUAAAUCUCCCCCAUUCUGAACUGUCCGAUGACAUAUUUGCAUCAUUACAAGUACCAUCAGGUUGCCAGAAUCCUGAGUCUACCUCUCCCACUGCAGCUUUUUUAUUAGCAUUUCCAUUGGUUUCAUCUGGAGUUAAAGUAACAGAAGUUAUUGAUGGAGAAAAUUCAGAAAGUCACAGCGUUACACCCACAUUAUUACAAAUUGGGACAAUGGAUACCACAAAAUCCACUCAGUCACAAUCUGAUGUUAUAACUUCCAAUUUCUUAAGUUUGGAUAACUUUUCAUUUUUUUCCUCGAAAGAUCUUUGCGGAAGCUUUGAUAAUAAUUAUCCAAUUCCUGUUAGUAAUAGUAAAACUGAAACAGCUGCAAAUAGUAGUAGUAAACAUAAUACUACUAAUAAUACAUCAAUAUAUGUUAAUGUAAAAAGUCCCUGCAUACCGACUUGUGUGGCUGAACCGGUAAAACAGAAUUGUAAUAUAUAUUGUCAAAAAACUGUAGAUACCUCCAAAGAUGUUUCUAAAGAUGGAAAGAAUUGUGAAAAGCCAAGCAAUAGUCAAAAGUUCAACGAACACGCUAUGUAUAAUUCACAAGUUCAACCCAAUUCAAAAUCAGAUUUAAAUUUUUCACUUCCUAAAGUUGGUGAAGUCGUACAGAAAACUGUAGAUUCAAAAUCUCAGUAUCAAGUAUCUACAACGUACUCGCAUUCAACUUGUGACUUUAACUACAAAUCUGAUUUGACUAAAACUUGCAUACCUUCUACAUGUUCAUAUACCAAUAUUAAUAGAAAUUAUACUAAUCCUCUAUAUACUAAUUGUAAUAACUACAAUUAUAACUAUCACCCAGAAACAAAUUUCAAUCAGAACUAUUAUAAAAAUAUUUCACGAAAUGAAACCAAAUCUUACUAUCCCCUCAACUAUGAUAGUUAUUCAGAUUAUCGUAAAAAUGAUUCAAGUGUUACUGGAAAAUAUUAUGAAGCUUCUGGUUACAUGAAAGACAAAAAGAAUAAUAAUGCCGUCAAAGUGAAAUCAAGUGAUAAUAAGCAGCCCAUUAAUUGGAUGACAGCUCCUGAUAGCAGGUUGCCAACAUCUGAAUGUUUAUUAACUUCAUUUUCCAAAGGCAAUUUUAGUCAAACAUAUCCUUUUACUUCAUAUACAACUGCUACAUCUACAUAUUUCCCUACCACUACUAUGGACACUAAUAAAAUGAAUUGCGCUUUAGAAACAAAGAAAUGUUUAGAUUUACCUAUUGUUUCAUUAAGUUCCCAUCAGAGAUUAGAUAUCGAAGAAAAGCAAUUUUCAUGGUCACCGACCAAACUUCCACAUUUCUUAGACCCACCCCACACCUUCGUAACAUCAACAUUACCUACUUUGGUAGGAGAUUUAGCGCUAGGUAAUACUCUACCAUUUGCAGAACAAAAGACCGAGUACAAAUCUACAAAAGAAAAUAAAGAUUUUCGUCAAAUUAAUAAAGUUAAUGAUGAGAACCAAUCUAAUUUUCUCUCUGUUAGUCAGUUAGUUGAUCAUAAUAAAUCAGAAAGUAUUGCAGCCAAAACGACAUCAAGAAGAAAUAGUGGAAACAGAUCUAAAAAUAAUGUCCAGCAGAAAUCGAAAAGGGUUACAAAACAUGAUAAUAAAGAUAUAUUAUCACAUUGUGGCAUUAAUAACGAUAACAUGCACCCUUCAAGAUCUACUAAUAAUUUUAACUCUUUUUCGGGGAUUGAUUUAUUUACAGAACAAAAAAAUAAAAAUACACAUAAAAAUCCUUCAAGCAGUUAUUCUGCAGAAGCUUUAAUUGGUAAUCAAGUCCAGGAUGAGACUAUAAAUAGAAGAUAUCCGACAGUAUCAAAUAAGUCAUUAGGGCCAUCAAGUUUUUUAGCAGAAAACAUAAUAUCUUAUUUUCCACCUGUUGAUCUGCCUCAAGAGAAUUAUAUAUCGCAGAAUCAGAAUUAUCAGGCCAACAAUUUUACGCAUAAUCUCACAACUUCAUUUCAGAAUAAUACAUAUUCAUCAAAUAGUUUUAUUUACACUGCUUCUACAAUUGCUUCAAGUUACUUAGGAACAAAUAACUUCGAUUCAGGACCACAAGAUUAUCUAUCUGAUAGUAUUAAUCUCAUUUCAAAUGCAUCAUCCAAAGAUAACAAACAUUACAAUACUAAAGUCUGCAGUAAACAGUUGAAUAAAGAAGAGAAAAACAAUCAUUAUUCAAUUUGUUCUAAUAACAUGAAAAGAACAAAGAAAAAGCCGGUAAAUGAUACCAAUAAUGGAUUAUUUGAUUUCCCAUUUUUGCCGUUAGCUGGCUCUAAUAAUUCACCAAUUUUACCGGAUGAUUUCCAUUCCCAUACGAAUUUCUUAGCACCUACAACUCCUUUUUCAUGUAAAAAUUCCUUAUAUCCAAAGCAAAAUAAUGAUAUUAGUGGUGCUUCCUUGUUACCUCUUCCUCCAGUUUGCAGGAAUACCAUUCAGCAUCCUGAAAUAUCUCCCUCCAUAAAUGCAGUUGGUACAUCAUUGACCAAUUUUAACUUGAGCACGAUAUUUCCAGAGAUAAAUAAGGUCCCCAUUUCGGACAUAUAUCAAGAUACAAGGAUUAAAGAACAUUUGCACCAUAAGAGUUACUGUUCUACUGCACCUCAAGUGCCCUUCAACUCUGAACCAAAGUUCAAUUUUAGUACAUAAGUCCAUAUUAUAAACUUCAAAUAGCGAUGCAAUGCAAGAGGGUACUAAGCUAAUGACAGACACAAUAAAAUUAAAUUUGUUAGUGAUAUAUCUUAUUGUACUGUUAAAAAAUAUUUAUAUUUGUAACAAUUAACUGUAUUUAUUAAUUUCUUACAUUUUAUGGUAAUGUGAUAUGUAGUCAGUUAGAACUCAUUGUAUAUAUUUUUGUAUAUAAAAUGUAAAUAA